UUUCGGUGGCUCUUUUGUGCGGGAAGGCAUAGACCUGCUGAGCUGCUGCAGUGAAGCCACGAAUAAGAAGAAGAUGGUCAGGAAGGAGGCAAUACUGAGGAUUCUGCUGCUUAUGACGAUUACGAUGCCGGCUACAAUAGCCCUAUGCCCUGAUGGCUAUGACGAUGGGAGGAAGAAGUCUGCGUAUAUAUUUUUGGUGAAAGUGCAAACAUGGGUCAAGAGAGACUUUGCCUUUCCACAGUGAUUUUGUUUUAUUUGAUAUUUUAUACCUAAUGUGGAGGUUAUGAAGGUAAUAAAUCUACCCUGUAUCUCUAGAGAACCCCUAAUAUAAGAAUAUAGAAGGUGAUUCUACCUCUGUACAUGUAUUAUACUUGGUAGCGGCAGCGACACAGCUUCUUUACUCUCCUCCCUUAUUCCUCUGCUAUUCUGUGUCCUCUUCUUCCACCGCCGUCGCCGUCAUCGCCGUCAUCGCUAUCAGUCGUCCUCGUCUUCUAUAUCUCUUCUUAUAUCUUGGUCGCCUUUUCCCGAGAAUCGCCCAAUCGGGUAAUCAACUUCAGCUUCAACUUUUCCUUUUCGAGCCUUCUCGACUUCACCUUAAAAUACUUUAUUUCGACGACCUCCAUCGACUUCGCCAACGACAUCGACUUCGCCGCCGUCUUCUGCCUCUGCCAGCUUCAUCUUCUGCCUCCAUCGCUCGCUGUCGUCUCUAUCUUAUACUCAAGGAGUAGUGAUCCCUGCCAACCUCGGCUGGACCACAACAAACAAACGCUAGCUCCAGCCCAGCCGGCUCGACGAACGCGACAAAACAGCCUGAAAAACAUCACCUCGUCCCCUCCGCCCGGCCGUCCAUAAAACCAGCCGCCAUCGUCCGCUCGCACCAGCCAGAGACAUCUCGCCUGUCCCGCCGCUGCUCUCCUCCUCGCCCUACCGUCGCCUCGCCCAAUUCAUCGCCUUCUCGCCCGCUCGCUCGUCCUGCCGUUGUUGUUGCUGUUACUGCUGCUGCUCCUGCUGCUGCUAUCCCCUGGCCCAGCCUUCCAGCAACCAUGACGACCUCCGUCAAGUUCGAGAAGGAUACCGUCCGCACUGCCGGCACCGCCGCUACAAAGGCCAGCGAGGACCUCGUUCAUGCGGUCGGUGAACGGCUGACUGGCGGCAAGUCUCAGAAUGGCUACCUCGCCGCAUACCUCAAAGAGCUCCAGUCGAACCCGCUGCGAACCAAGAUGAUCACCUCUGGUGCUCUCUUCGGUAUCCAGGAACUGCUCGCCUCGUGGAUCGCGCAUGACCGCAGCAAGCAUGGCCACUACCUCAACUCCCGCAUCCCCAAGAUGUCGCUCUACGGUGCCUUCAUCAGCGCGCCGCUCGGCCACCUGCUCGUCGGCAUCCUACAGAAGAUCUUUGCCGGACGCACCAGCCUCAAGGCAAAGGUCCUCCAGAUCCUCGUCAGCAACCUCGUUGUCUCUCCCAUCCAGAACGUAAUCUAUCUCACCUCAAUGGCCAUCAUUGCAGGCGCUCGAACCUUCCAUCAGGUCCGCGCCACCGUCAAGGCCGGCUUCAUGCCCGUCAUGAAGGUCAGCUGGAUCGUCUCGCCGCUUUCCCUGGCCUUUGCCCAGCAGUUCCUCCCAGAACACACCUGGGUCCCCUUCUUCAACGUUAUAGGUUUCAUUAUCGGAACCUACAUCAACGCUCACACCAAGAAGAAGAGACUGGAAGCUCUCAAGCGCAAGCAAUACGGCUCCGGAAAGAGUUCAACCGGCCGCCCAGAAGAUUACCCACCACCACGACGCGACUACUAACUCUAGUUUUCUCCAAGGUACACUAACAAAAGGCCCACAGGAACUACCUAGAGACUGAAAAAAAAAAAAUUCCCAUCCGAAAUCUCGCCUGCCGUGUAUAUUCUUUGCAUCGCGGAGUUCCGCCCCAUUUAUCCGCGCCAAUCAAUAUAUCGACCAUAUAUUUCCAGGAUAGAUUUUCAACCUGCGAUAUCCUCCUCCUUGAUCACGCCUCCCCUUUCGCCUCCUUUCCUUUGUUAUACGGCCUUCUGAUUUUUCUCGUUGCUUUGGAUCCCCCCGUUGAUUCCUUUUUUGACUGUUCAUUCUCCCUCGAUUCUCGCAGAUUGGUGGACUCCAGCGGCAACCUGCAACAAAACAAGCUGAAAUUUUUUUUACAACAUUUCUCCCCGAAUGGAUGUUGAAUCUUACUUCACACCCAACCCUUCAUCUCUGUUUUGUUCGGCCCGAUCCCUCCCUCUCUGUUGCCCCUUUGAGCCACUUCUUUUGCUUCUCAUGUACCUCUAUAUAUGCCCGGUCCCGACUUAAUUCUACGUGAUAUUGAAUGAAUUUCUGUUUUCCUUUCCUACGUAGCACUCCAAGGCUUAUCUGGAACUAUCUAGAAUAAUUGCUUGGUGAUUGUGAUACCCGUUUCUCCCGCUAACUGACCAGGCGUUGAACCCUUUGAUAUGCUAACGUCCAGCAAGUUUGCGCGACUCCGGCCAACGCUCUUACUGUGUAACCAAAACAACCCAACCGUCCGUCUCUACUCCCCGAAAUCAAUAGCCAGAAGAGUCUGAAAGCAACCAACCGGCUACCGCGUCCCAGCAUGCUCAACUCGUUCCUGACUCCAUGACGUGGUCCUUUGC